UGAGGAGUGUGUGAAUGUGAGUGUGUGCUCUUAAUCUGGAUCUGCUCCACGGCUUUCCACGGGCCACGUCACGUCACGGAGGGGGCAGAAGCGGAUUCCUGCGCGCGGCUCGGGUUUCUGCGAUCCUCACAUCCUCAGAUCCUCACAUCCACAGCGGAGCGAGACGCAGCGCUUUCCUCCUCCAGCUCACUCAAUCGGCUCUUUUUACAAAAAUGAUGUUUCGCUGUUUCCCCGUGUUUUUCCUCCUGGCUGUAGUCUGUUGUCAUGCCGAGCAGGAGGCUCAGAGCAAAUCAAAGGUGUGUGCUAAUGUGUUCUGUGGUGCUGGGAGAGAGUGUGCCGUCAAUGAGAAAGGAGAGCCCAGCUGUCUGUGUAUCGAGCAAUGCAAGUCUCAUAAGCGCUCAGUGUGUGGCAGUAAUGGAAAAACAUACCGAAACCACUGCGAGCUGCACCGUGAUGCCUGCCUUACUGGACUCAAGAUCCAAGUAGACCACGACGGACACUGCAAAGAGAAGAAGCAGGAGAAAGCCGCGGCCAGCCCAGUUGUGUGUUAUGUCGCUGACCGUAAUGAGCUGCGCAGACGUGUGAUCGACUGGCUGCAGACCGAGGUUGUUCCAGAUGGCUGGUUCACCAAGGGCUCCAACUUCACUGAUAUCCUCCUCAAGUACUUCAAGAAUUAUGAUAGUGGAGACUCUCAGCUGGAUUCUGCAGAGCUGCUCAAGUUCAUUCAGCACAAUGAAACCGCGGUUCAGAUGAACUCUUACGCUGAAGAGGAGAACAACCGUCUGCUCAGGAGUCUUUGUGUGGAUGCUCUUAUUGAGCUCUCAGAUGAGAACGCCGACUGGAAACUGAGCUUUGAUGAGUUCCUCAACUGCCUGAAACCAGGCUUCAACCCUCCUGAGAAGAAGUGUGCUCUGGAAGAUGAGACCUAUGAGGAUGGAGCUGAGACGCAGGUGGAGUGCAACCGCUGCGUCUGCGCAUGUGGAAACUGGGUCUGCACUGCCAUGACUUGUGAUGAGAAAAGCCCAGUUAUCGACACUGACGGGGAUCAGGAGAUGACUGAAGAGGAAUGGACCCGCCGUGUGGCUGAACUCAACAAGCAUCAGGAGACUGUGGAGAAGAUGAAAACCAGCACAAAGGAGGUCUAAACCAGGACAGAGACACGAGGAGGGAGAUGACAUGGACAAAUUCCUCUCCUACUGAUCACUAUCAGGAUUCCUGAGAUUAUGUACUGUUGAUGGAAGAAUCACACCAUUUUCUAUAGAUAGGUUAUUACUUGUAUUGCUAUCCAUACCACAUCUAUUCUCUGUUUUAUGUUACGGUUUUUCCUUUUUACAUAUUUCAUUAGCUUUGUUUAUUCAUUUGUGUGUCUUUAAGUGCUGUAAAUUGAUAGUGUCACUCCAAAUAGGCCUUGGCACUUUAUAACGAGGGCCCUUGUUUUAUUCACUAUUGUUUGAUUUUAUGUAUCAUUCUUUAUACCAUUUAUUUGUUUGUCUAUCUACAGUUAUAUGUGGACAUAUGUUUUUUUUUUUUAUUGAGACAAUGGCAAUAGAAGAAGAAUAAAGAAUAGGAAAGGGUUCGAGAGUGAUGCUGAGAGAACAAAACAACACGGGUUCAUCCAUCAAACUGUGAUUUUAGAGCAUCAGAACGAUGGAUAUCCUUCAGUCAGAGGGUAGAUCAUGCUAGUAGGAGCCUGAUGGAUGUAAAUGCAAAUUAAAUGAAGCUACUCGUGGCCGCUCUCAGUUUCACUCUCAUCUUGAAGGCAGUCAUAGUCUUGAGACCUUUCGUAAAGGUGCUAAUGUUAGUAUUCCUCUGUUUGCUUUGCUCUCUUGCUUUAGAUGGUAGAUGACGCUUGGUAAGAUAUACAACACUAGAAGCAGGGACAGCAUGGCUCAGUGGAGAGAGCAGGCAAUACCUUUGAAUUUAAUAUCAUUUUGGGAAAACAAAACCACCAAGUUGUUAUUACUUGGCAAACUUGCUUUUUUCUGUCAUUAUCGACUUCGAUUAGAGUAGAUCACCUCCAUUAGAAGAAAACUGCUGCACGGAUGCAUUGGCUACGCUUGAGCUUGUAUUUAUAUUAGUUGCUAGAGGCAGUUCAUGCUGAAACUCUCACGCUGUGCUCAGUCCCACCAAAAAUUAACUUACAAGCCAGAUUUAUAAGAAAUAGAGCUGUUGGGACUGAGUACAGAUGGAGUGAUCUGAAACCAAAGCCUGAUGUUUAGGAUGUUUAAAUUGUUGUACGAAAACCUCCAGGUGUACCACUACUCUGGACCCAGCAACUACUUUAUACCUUUUACGUAAAAUAGCUGUCAGACUAAGGAUUAGAUUCGCUAUUGCCUCUGUAGUGUAGCUGCAUUCUUACCCACUCUAGAGAAUUUGUGUGUGUGUGUGUGUGUGUGUGUGUGUGUGAGUGUUCGUUUCAUUUCCACUAAAUUCCACUAACAGUACGGAUCCUUUGUGGUAUUAAGUGCCUUAUAUACACAAACAAACCAUGUGACAUGGAUGAAGUGGCUUCUUCUGUAGGUAUAAACCACCUGAUAUAGGACAUAUUGCAUAUUUUCCAGUAUUAUGGUAGACAACUAGCAAUUGCCUUUUAUAUGUCUGUAUGAUUGUCUUAUUCAAUGGGGCAGAAUUAAAACAUUUUAUUGUAAAAA